ACACACACACACACGCACAGUCGCACACUUCCCCAGGCACGCGCGCGCGCACACAUCGAGGGAGAAACUUGGCGAAAGGGAGCUGGAGCUGGAGCAGCUCGCGCUCUUACUGGGUUUCUAUAUGCGCGAGGAGCGUUCCGGGGAGGCUGCGAGCUUCGCGCUGUUGGAGUAGGAGCGAUACAGAGAGAGAGACAGACAGACAGAGAGGAGCGGAUAAAGAGAGAGAAAGAGUGGAGAGAUGGAGCUUUACUGCCUCGAGGCAGAGCCGAUGGUCAGAGCCCAUCCGGACCCGAACCUGCUGUCCGACGACCGGGUCCUGCAGAGCCUGCUGACCAUCGAGGAGCGGUUCUUGCCCCAGUGCUCUUACUUCAAGUGCGUGCAGAAGGACAUCCAGCCCUUCAUGCGGAGGAUGGUGGCUACCUGGAUGCUGGAGGUGUGUGAGGAGCAGAAGUGUGAGGAGGAGGUCUUCCCCCUGGCCAUGAACUACCUGGACCGUUUCCUGUCCGUGGUUCCGACCCGAAAGUGUAACCUGCAGCUGCUGGGCGCUGUCUGCAUGUUCCUGGCCUCCAAGCUGAAGGAAACGCGGCCGCUCACCGCCGAGAAGCUCUGCAUCUACACCGACAACUCCAUUAGACCUCAUGAGCUGCUGGAAUGGGAGCUGGUGGUGCUGGGAAAGUUGAAGUGGAACCUGGCUGCUGUGACUCCUAACGACUUCAUCGAGCACAUCGUGAAAAAGCUGCCGCUGCCUGAGGACAAGUUGGACGUGAUCCGCAAGCAUGUGCAGACCUUCAUCGCCUUGUGCGCAACAGAUUUCAACUUUGCCAUGUACCCUCCAUCCAUGAUCGCCACAGGCAGCGUGGGAGCAGCAAUCUGCGGCCUACAGCUCAACAGCACGGACCGUUCGCUGUGGGGGGACAACCUUGCAGAACUGCUCGCCAAGAUCACAAACACAGAAGUUGACGUGCUGAAGGCGUGUCAGGAGCAGAUCGAGCGCGUGCUGAUGAACAGUCUGAGGGAGGGCCGCCGGCAGCAGCACAAGCAGCAGCAGCAAGAUCAAGGAUCACGUAACAAAGCGCUGGACGACCAGGACCAGUCCAGUACCCCCACCGACGUACGGGACAUCAACUUAUGAGCUUGCAAAAGGAGAAGCGCCCGGAUACGUCGUAUAAAGGAAAAAAAAAAAACAACAAAAAACAAAAAUGACAAAAAAACACGAAAGCCCUGCUUGCUAGUCUUUGUAGUUUUUUUUUUCUUUUUUCAAUGAAAAAAAGUUCCCUGUAUAUUAUAAAAACAAAUCAAAGAGCUAUUUUAGAUACGAAAUAGAUAUUUUUUAAAUGAAUUGAAAUACUGAUUCAAAAAUCUCUAUGGUGCCUCAUAGAAGGGAAUCCUAUAGUGUUUCGCAGACUAUUUUUGAUUGUAUAAACUAAAAGGUUACAUUACAAAAAAAAAGCUGUAGUUUAACAAGGCUUUUAAAAAAAAGAAAAAAACAAAGAGUGAACUUUAAAAGACUGGCAUGUAAAGGUACACAAUUGCGGGGCUAUGUUUUUUUUCUGUUUUGUUGGUUCACGUUCAGAAAAGCCUGAGCUUGAACACACACACAUAGGGUUCCAUUAAGCGGGAUAGUGGAUGUUCCUCCACUUGGCCAUGCGUUUAAGGAUGUAAAAAAGGCCCAGAUGUGUGAGAGAAGAAGCCUCACGCUGAGAACAGGAUUCAUGUGUUCAGACACAUGAGUAGCCCUCUGGGUAAGAAUUUGGUUAGAUGGCAUUACUUGUCAACAAAUUGCACGUGGAAUCAGAAGCGGAAAUGGAGAUGAAAUCAAAAAAAGUUAUUUUAAAAGUGAUUUCGAGUAGAAGAUUGUGUGAUAAUCGCAUGGACUGCCUGUUUCCAAUGUGUCCAAACCAAAUUCGGCACAAAUUGCAACAAUUGUUGAAAUUUUAUAAUGUGUUUUGCCCAGCAUGAGGGGUUCAGAUGUCUUGAGAACAGGCUUUUAUUAUUACUAUUAUUAUUAUUUUAAUAAUAAUAGUAGUUUCUUAUAUAAUUUUAUUACUAUUAUAAUUCUCAUAAUGGUUAUUAUUAUUAUUAUUAUUAUUAUUAUUAUUAUUAUUAUUAUUAUUAUUAUUAUUAAAACAGCAACCUAUUGUCUCUUCUAAUUCUCAACAAAAUUCUCCAAUAAGCUUUUGUCAGGCUGCUUGUGUGUGCGUGCAUGCAUGCAUGUGUGUGUGGGAAAGAGAGAAAGGUGUGCGUGUGUGUGUGUGUGUGAGAGAGAGAGAGAGAGAGAGAGAAAGAGAGAGAGAAAGAGAGAGAGAGACGUAUAUGUGUGCUUAGUUUUGGUGAACCGCAAGCCUGCGAUUCAGGAUAAGGCCGCACAGUGAGUAUCACACAGGGGAAGAGAAAGGUCUAUAGCGCUUUCGCCUGCUUUCAGAGGGCCACGAGGGGCCGCCCGUAUCGCUGCCUUCUAUACAUUUGCUUUUUAUUUUGUGGCACGGGACCUAGGGCUGAGCCUGACCCGGUGCACAGGACCGAGAGGAGGCGAGACACCGAAAUGAUGAGAGGGAGGAGACAGAUGAUGUUUUCGUGUUAAAGGGUGUGAUGAAGGAGGUUCUGUUUUAUUUAAAAAAUAAAAAAAAAACCUCCAGCUGAAUAUUACUAUACAAUCAAUAUUUUUGUUUGUUCGUUUCGCGGUUUCGAGUUGAAGGAGCCCAAGGCUGCUUUGAUUGUCGCUCAAAGAGGUGCUAGAAUGGACCAGAGUUAGGAUUGUGUGUGUUCUACAAAGCAGUUUAAAUGAAAGUGCAGGGUGGUGUAAGAUUUCGAGAUCAGAUGAGACAGAUAAAGGAGAUAAAGGUGACGAUGAUGAUGAUGAUGAUGAUGAUGAUGGUGGUGACGAUGAUGAUGAAGCUGUGUAGGUUAAAUGAGAGAAGCUUGCUGCUGCUGAGGAGGACGUAACGUUGGCAUACAGGAGAGGAGGCCAAAGGAGAAGAUCAGUUGUGGUUUCCAGAGAUGUCUUGAGUUAAUUUAAGUUUUUUUAUCUAUCUAUCUAUUUGUUUGUUUGUUUGUCUGUCAGGUUCGUUUUUGUCUGUCUAGGUUUUUGGAUUACAGACCAGUAUCUAAACCAGUUGAAUCGACACUGCCAGCGAAUUCGUGGGGAAGGUGUUACACAGGGAAGCUGAAUUGAGUAGAGGAACCAUUUUGUUUUGCUUUUUGUUUUAAUCAGUGCGUCUGUAGUUCCUCGGUUUCAACAGCAAAGCACUUUUUGAGCACAUAUGCCCACCCCCCCCGCCCCCCCCCCAACCACCACGCCCCCCACCCUAAGUUCUUUAUGGGUAAUUGAUGGUGAAGGUGUCAUGUUUUUAUUGGCUACUUGCUUGUAUUUUUUGUUUUCCCAUGCGGGCUGGUCUCCCAUGUUCAAACCGUGACAUUGGACCCAGUAUGUUGGUACGCCAAUGUGGACAUUCCUACAACAGAAAAAAAAUAACAUUCCAGCAUUCCCAAAAAGAAUUGAAUAGAGGGAAAUUACAUUUAUUUUUUUAAAGCCCACCCUCCCAUUUACUUUUUUACGUUUAGCUUUCUGUUCAGUCAGGUGUUGAAUGGUAGUUCUUCUGUCAUAGAUGGUCAAAUAAAGCCUUACAACAUCGGUGAUUUGCACGCUCCAAGCGCAGAUUAUUUUUUUAUUUAUAGACGAACUGGUGAAGCUGCUCUAUCCGAGAAAUGAAAUGCCUUUUUUCAUAUGGUGCCUUGAUUCUAUGUUAUGAGUGAUGAUGCCCUGUAUCUCUGUGCAUUGAUCAGACUGCUCAUGUCGCCUGUAAAGCCCACUGUCCAGUCAUCUCCUUUACAAAAAAACAAAAACAAAAAAACUGCUGCUUCCAAAGGUUGGACUGGCAUGGGGUCAACAAAGGUUGCGUCGCUUUUACCAAGACUACGGCAGUGUGCAUCAACAGCACAGGAGUCCUCUCAGCCUGUGCUGAAGAGGUCAGGGGCAGUCCAGCUUUCUUUUGUCUGAGUGUAGUUGUUUUGAGUCUUUCUGUGGGUGAAGGAGUUUUUUGCUAUAAACCCCCUAUUCUGCCAACAUUAAACAUUCUAAAGAUGUUUGGGUUUCGUACGUCGGGUUACUUUUCCACUCUUGCACCAAAACAGCCCUUUGUCAGCUGAUUUUUUGUUCUGUUUUAUGUUCUCCUGUUUUAUUCCUUUUUCCCAGCUCUGAAACAAUUAAAUGAACUGUAGUACUGUUUAUUUUUUAGAUCCUAAGGGUGGUUAUGUGGUUUUGAGUUUUGGAUACAAACCGAAAUUAAGGGUUUGAGAUACUGUAUUCCAAAGUGAAGAGUGGUAAAAGUGGUUGUGAAGACGUCAAUCAAGUGUCAAUAUUUUUAUUGAGUUAUUAUUAUUGUUUUUUUUUUUUUUCGCUGCUAAAAGGCUAUGAUUUUUUUGUUUCAUCUUAUACACAAAAAUAACAUAGUUGUGAUGUCACUUGAGUGUGCUGCUAUUUUAUAAACAAUUGUAUUAUAAUUAUUUUACUGCUUACAGAAUACUUUGAAAAUGCAGAAGUAGAGGGUGAUAGAAGAUCCUAAAAAUGAAAUGAAACGAGUGUUUGACUGGAAAUCCUCUUUUUGUACAGUAUGCUCUUAAAGCAUGGUCCUUUUGCCUUUUCUUUUCUCUUGUUUUCCUGCUCUUCUUUUCUCUGCCACAGUCUGUAAGUAUGGUAUGUCUAUACCUCAGGUUUACUGGACAAAAACAAAAAAAUGGAUCUCUCAGUACCUCACAACUCAUCAGUUUAUGGGGGCCUUUGAAGGACAGCACAAAGAAUGGAUUGCAAAGCGGGUACUUCUACUUCUAGUGGUCUCCUGCUUAUGGACAGCACAAGGCUCCCACCUGGACUUUAACCAACCAUAGUGGACGGGGGGAAAUGUCUGUGUUUCUUCAGAAAUGGGUGUUGGAACUGAGCUAAACACAAAAACCAUUAUCUCUGUAGAUGUGUGCGGAUUGUCUGCAACAUAAAGUCUGGACUGUGUACAAUCUUUCAAUUGACCAAGUACAUCUCAACAUCUCGCACUCUGCUUUGGCCUUAACACACCUAAAACCAGGCCAUACAACACUGUUGAAGUGUGCAGAAGUUUCCUUGACUGUAACAGCCCAACACAAGUCUUACCACCAUGUUACCGCCUGAGUUACUCAUCCAGCACUUGAUUGUCAGAAAUGACCCUAAGGAUUCUGUCUCCUCCCUCCACUAUGACCAUAUCAUGUACCUCAAAUAUGUCUGUUGCACAACCUCUGUCCAAUAAAUAUCUGCUUCAAAGUGUGUGGCGCUA